AUGUCUGAUACUCUUAGUACUUCCCCCGGGAGCAUCCCCUCUGCGGCUCGUCCGAGUCGGCGCUCUGAUCGUCUAUGUCGACGUCGUGUGCAUACUGCCACCUGCCUGCCUGGGGCCCAUAAAGAAUUGCCAGAUAUUAACGAUGACUCAGAAGAACUCAAUGGCACGCGUGCAGCAGCUCAGUUAUGGUACUCUGGGUCAGACUCAGCAGAGGCUCGCGCACAAUCUGAAGUCAAGAAAGUCGAAUUCCAAAUUCCUUUGAAUACCAUGGAUGGUAACAAAUGUACGACAUACGUGGGCCAUCUAUAUUCUGAAUCAGAUAAUCGCAUGGACAUGUUCGACUCCAUGAGAGCCACAAUGGAUGUCCCAAAGAUGUACCAGCACAUGGGGUGGCGCUUGUCUACAGCCUGCCGUACGGACCCAGUACAUCGGCUUUUGACUACCCAAGAUCUUAACAGUGCUUUCAAAGCUGCAAGGAUGGAGCAGAAUUCUGGCCGAAAGAAGAAAAAGGUUGUCAUUGAGAUUGUGAACACCAUAAGCGUUUUACAUUCUCUCGAAUCUGCACGAUAUGACGACAACUUGCAGAUGCCUGGCAUGAAAGGCCCGGGAAAGUCAAAAAAACCACAGGCAGACUCAGAUAUUGAGCAGAACCUGACUGACACUGUGGCAUCCCGGGUUGUUCUACCUUACACAAAGGAAUUAGAGAAUGUGAAGAACAGGUUGCGGUGCUUCGAGCAUCGACUAGUAGGAGAGAAUACAUUCUGCUGGGUAGAUGUGUCGCAACCAAACACUCCCCACUAUUCACUCUGUAUUCGUGACCUACAGGAGUGGGCUAAAUAUUUGCACGACAUUCAAGAUCCAGACAACGCCUGUGUUACUCUACCAACAACACCUCAUUUUGACAAGAUUCGAAAGAUGCCUCAAGGACGAAGUGUGUCAUCACUUCAGCGCAUACCCACCGAGCUUAUAUCCCCCAUUAUCCAUAACCAUGUUCAUCUUUCACCUUCUAUCAACAGUUCCAAUGGCGCACACUUUGUCCAGCAAGGCGAAGGUCCUCUGAUGCCUCAACCACUCAAGAGGACCUUUGCGCUUUACAUGGAGAGCGACGAAGAUGACGAAGAUGACAAACCAUUGCAAAAUAUCGAUGACGUCCUCACGAGCAUCCAUCUCUGCUACCCUUUGAUGAACUUCCCUCGGUAUCUGGAUACGCUGAAGGAGUGUGGUAUAAUGUAUCUACUGACUGCAUCUCAUUUUGAUAGUACCUUCUACGAGGAGAAGGUGGGAAUGCCGGAAGGCGCUGCAUAUACAUUUCACUCUCACAUUCGUAAUACUCACGUGAAGAGCGAACGUGGAAAGGUGAGAAGGAAGCUCAAAGGCAAAAAAAAGGCAGGAGUGCAGGCUGAGAACCGUGAUGAAGUUGAAGAAAACCUCCAAGCUCUUGAGUAG